AUGGCAGCUCAAGAGAAAAAUGGCCCGCAGCUGGAGGGCGACAUGUCCUUCAUCCAGACCCCUCCUGCUCAGCCCUCCAAGUUCAAGUCCACCGACUGUGGUGUCGCAACAACAAAUGCAAGUAUUGCCGCUGCUAUCCCGAAUGCUCCCCUCCCCGCUGAAGGCUCUGGCAAUGACUCCUUCCCGCUCAUGACCCUCGGCGGCCUCCUCGUCGGUGUUCCGAUCUCGCUUGCCUGGUUCCUUGGCGGUGGCUUCUGGACCUCGCUGUUCUUCUUCGUUGUGCUGUUUGUGCCAAUUCUCGUCAGCGUCUGGUACGUCACCUCGCGCAAUUCUCCGAGGAUCAACACCAAGGCCAAGCUGCCCGGUCGACCAGUUGAGGAAUACCUCACAUUCAAGAAGAAUGAAGACCGCGCCCGCUACAACACCGCUUCCUCCAAGAUUCCCAUGGAGGACUUUAUUGAGAAGUAUCUCGAUGGCGAAGUGGACUUCAACGGUGAUGCCCUUGACAUUCUCGAGUAUCGCCAUGACUGGGCCUCGUGGGCUUUCACCUGGAACCUUUUCAAGUUCAUCUUUGCUGGAUUUGGAAAGAGCGUCUUGUUUCACACUCGUGAGCAGGAUGAGGAGCAGAUUAAGCCAACUUACGACGCGGGCAACGACCACUACAGCUAUUUCCUGGGUCCUCGCAUGGUCUACACCAGCGGUAUCAUCUCUGACCCCUCCAAGGAAGAGACGCUCGAGGAGAUGCAAGACAACAAGAUGUCCGUUGUCUGCGAGAAGCUCGACCUGAAGGAAGGCGAGACGCUUUUGGACAUUGGCUGCGGCUGGGGUUCAUUGGCUCGUUUCGCUGCUGUCAACUAUGGUGCAAAUGUCACUGGUGUGACCAUUUCUCCCAACCAGGCUGCUUGGGGUAACGAUGGUCUUCGCCGAUCCGGAGUUCCAGAGAGCCGUGGCCGCAUCUUGUGCUCCGAUUACCGUGACAUUCCUGAGCAAAAGUUCAACAAGAUUUCUCAGAUCGAGAUGGGCGAGCACGUCGGUAUCAAGAAGCUGACCGGUUUCUUCCGCCAAUGCUCUGAUAUGCUCGCUGAUGAUGGUGCCAUGUAUGUUCAGCUCUCUGGUCUGCGCCGCGCAUGGCAGUACGAGGAUUUGAUCUGGGGUCUGUACCUGAACAAGUUCAUCUUUCCUGGUGCCGAUGCUUCUACCCCCCUCUGGUACUACGUCAGCUGCCUUGAGAGUGCUGGUUUUGAAGUCAAGAGCAUUGACACGGUCGGAGUUCACUACUCUGGUACAUUGUGGCGCUGGUACCGCAACUGGGUUGGCAACGCCGAGACCGUUCGCGCCAAGUUUGGUGAGCAUUGGUACCGUAUCUGGGAGUUGUUCCUUGCUUGGUCCACUAUUGCCUCGCGCCAGGGAUCUGCCACUUGCUUCCAGUUUGUCGUGGUCAAGAACCUGAAUGCAACACACCGUAUUGAUGGCGUGCUGUCCCAGCACGGCAUUCGCGGUGCACUUGCUGCUGCUCAAGCCAAGGGUAGAUCUUUCUUCCCUAAAAUCUAA